CCAAUUUCCACGCUCAAGCCGGGGGCUGGGGCCAGGGGUGCAAAGGGGACUAUCGGACUGACACGGUUUCUCGGCACGGCAAGUGUCAGUCAGUGGGGAUCUGCGACCACGUCUGUGGUCUCAGUGAUUCACCAUUGCGAUAUUCACAAUGUUACCGAUGACUUAGUUGGUAGCCAUGUUGCCCGAUUAGCGAAGUUCGAAGCAGUCUAGACUCCAACGGGCUGUAUCAGCUCCAGGCCCCGUGUAUGCAGAGCUUCUAUUUUCAUUUUAGAGGGUACGCUGAGCUAGACCGAGCUCUCUACGCUGAGAGCUACGGACUCUCUACGCUGAGCUUUACGCAUCAAUAUGUUGGAAACACUUUCAGGACGCAGCUUGUGACAAUGUCGGCAAGAAACAGAGCUCGCUGGAGGCAUUUCUUCGGACUACUGGCCGCUUUGUGCCUUACCAAUGUCGUGCUGCAUGCCAGCGGCGCGUACGGCCAAACGGCUGGGUUGGCCCUCGACCGCAACGGGUCUUCACAGGGGCGUCUGAGCCGAGAGCGAAAGUUUGCCCUUACGCAAACGACACCCGCGGCUGUGCGUUGCACUGCGGCCAAGGGCAAAUGGUGUGAGGACUUCCUGUUGCAAGAGGAGGUGCUGUGGAAGCCUGCUCCUCGCGGCUCCAAGGAGUGCCCCGACAACUGCAACAACGUGGGGCGCUGCAACUACGACACCGGCUACUGCGACUGCGCGGCGGGGUGGACGGGCGUGGGCUGCAAGACGCCCCAGAAGCGGCCGUGCACCAGUACCUGGAGGGAGCCAGAGGACCCUAGCAAGAUCCCCACCAGCCACAUAGGUCCCGACAAGCGAGACCUCAAUUGGACGGUGUGGUCCAACAUCCACAGCCGAUGCGGCGGCAUUUGUGACGACGACCUCGCCAUCUGCUACUGUGACGGCCAGGGCCCCAACCAGUUCGGUCGCAUCCCCGCGCCCCCGGGCUCGCCACCCGGAACCCCGCCCAUUCGUGUGGGCAGGCCGCUGGUCACCGAGUACAUGGCGCCAAACGAGACGUGGGACGGCAAGUGGGCGUUCGGCAGGCAGCCGUACUCCAAUGUGUACGGCCCGCAAGGAUACUGCAACGUCAGCAAGCCGGUGUGGGCGGCGGUGUGCAGCAUGGACGCGCUGGCCGGGCCCACCUGUGACGAGCCGCUGGAGUCGUUCUGCCCUGGCGCCUGCAGCGGGCAUGGCCGCUGCUACCUGGGCUACUGCUACUGCGACGAGGGCUACUACGGCCACGACUGUGCGCGGCGCAAGGCUGGACUGCCGCUUCUGCCAAGCAGCAUCCCCACCACGCCCUGGCUGGCGUCCGUGGUGCGCGAGCCGCCGGCAGCGCAGGAGCCGCCGCCGGUGCCCACCCGCAAGCGGCCGCUCGUGUACGUGUACGACCUGGAGCCCUUCUACCAGGCCCGCAUCCUGCAGUACAGGGUGUCGCCGCCCUGGUGUGUGCACCGGCAGCACCUGUACCCGGGCAACACCACCAGGUGGACGGACGAGUGGGUGUACGCAGUCGACACCCUGCUGCACGAGAGCUUCCUGAUCAGCGAGCACCGCACCUUUGACCCGGAAGAGAUGAUCAAUUUCAUCCGGGAGGUGCACACCUGGAUCGACACCAACUACCCCUUCUGGAAGCGGCGCCAGGGCCGGGACCAUAUUUGGACGUGGACGCACGAUGAGGGGGCCUGCUGGGCUCCCACGGUCCUCAACAACUCGGUUUGGCUGACGCACUGGGGGCGCAUGGAGCUCAACCACAAGUCUCACGGCCUUCCCGAGGACAACUACAACAAGGAGUUCAAGUCCGUCAACCAGCCUGAGGGGUACCUGGUCCACAUCCAGGGCCAUCCCUGCUACAACCCCCAAAAAGACCUGGUCAUUCCCUCCUUCAAGCGGCCCGAGCACUACCACAAAAGCGGCCUGGUUGGAAACCCGACACGCGAACGAGAUGUGUCCUUCUACUUCAAGGGAGAUGUGGGCAAGGGCAGGUUUCCGCCGUAUAGCCGGGGCGUACGGCAAGGGAUCUACAAGCUAGCAAAGGAGGGCGACUGGGCCACCAAGCACAAGUUCCUGAUCGGGGGCCGCAGCGACGUGCCGGGCGACUACAGCGACAUGCUCAGCCGCGCCAUAUUCUGCCUCGUGGCGGCAGGUGACGGCUGGUCGGGGCGCAUGGAGGACGCCAUGCUUCACGGUUGCAUCCCCGUCAUCAUCAUUGACGAAGUUCACGUCGUUUUCGAGUCCCUUCUAGACGUGGAUACUUUCUCCAUCCGCAUCGCACAAAAGGAUGUACCACGUAUUCUGGAGAUCCUGCAAGCCGUUCCCGAGCGCAAAAUUCGUUCCAUGCAGGCGCACCUGGGGCACGUGUGGCACAGGUUCCGCUACACCUCCUUGCCUGGUCUUGCGAAUGAGCUUGUUCGCGUGACGGAGGCGAACAAAAAGGCGCUGGGACCCGGCGCGGCUACCGCAAACGCCACAUUGCCUUCACGCGUGCCCCUGCCGCGCGCGUUCAAGGGCGAUCCAAGCGUGGAUGAUGCAUUUGGGACCAUCCUGCAGUGGCUGUAUUCAAGGAUCCCUUACACCCGGUGAAUAGGCGGUCGUUGAAAUGAUGUGGAGGCGCGCGGGGGGGAGGAGAGCGGCGGAGGGUAGGAGGCUGGGCGGUAGCGCACACAGCGUGCAUCGGACUAGGGUUCUUCUUUUCCAAGACAC